CGUUAAGUUGUAAAUAAAUAAAUAUUAAGUAUAAAUAGGUAUAUUAUUGUUGUGAUACUAUACCAACAACCACACUUGACUUCAUAUUUGUAAACAUAUAGCUUAAAAUGGGUUCCAAAGCUUCUUUUGUUUGCGUAUUGAUGUUGUUGGUUGUUGUAGCCAAUGCGUAUGAUGCAACAAAUUGUCCUUCAAAUACAGGUCGCCAAAAAAAUCUUGUUUACGACAGUCUUUUGACAGGAGUGUCUAUCAAUGUUCGUAUUCCACAGGCAGGAUAUUUUAAUAGACCCAUAACCUGCCUUCAACUAAUUGAUCGACAGGGAACCUCUGUUUCUCCAAGGAUAGUGGAAGGCGGAUAUCUCGAUACAUACAUGGUAGUCAAUAUUACAUCAUUAAAUGGCCAAGUACUUUACUACUAUGCACAAAUAUAUAUUGAUUAAUUUAAUUUUUUUAGUUGAAUAAUAUUUAUGUCAAACUUAGUUUUAACAAAAUAAAAGCAUAUCCUUUAGGAUAACUAAAAGUU